CUCUCACUCGAUUUCACCCAACUCCUUGUCACAGUGAAUGGAUGUUGUGUACAGCUUAGCCAGCUGGUAGCUUUCGGCAAUGUUGUUAUCAGGAUGAUAUCGCAGCGGGACCACCUUUUUGACAUAGGGGAUUUUGCUCGUUUUUAUACAGUCACAGACCCCACGAAGCACCAGAAAGGCUACACAGUGUACAAAGUCACCGCGACGAUUAUUUCUCGGAAGAACCCUGAGGAUGUCCAAGAGAUAACAGUAUGGAAAAGGUACAGUGACUUUCGCAAACUUCAUCACAACCUCUGGCAGCUGCACAAGAAUGUUUGUAGCCAGUCUGAACUCUUUCCUCCCUUUGCCAAGGCUAAAGUGUUUGGUCGUUUUGAUGACUCGGUGAUUGAAGAACGGAGGCAGUGCUCAGAGGAUCUGCUUCAGUUCUCUGCUAAUAUACCCGCUCUGUACAGCAGUCAGCACAUCCAGGACUUCUUCAAGGGAGGCGAGGUCCACGACAGCUCAGAGCUCAUCGGACCGGUGGAGCCCUUCUUCGACUUCCUGGCUGACAGUUUGUCCGACUGCAGCUCGGAUGUUCAAAGAGACAUCAGUGGGGCAGAAGAUUUGACUAUCACAUCGGAAUAUGGCGGCCCGUCCAGUGACAGCGACUUGACCUCCUUGGCUGUGGACACCGACUCUUUGGCUGAGCUAGAUGAUGGCAUGGCCUCGGGCCGCACCUCCCCGAACCAGCCACAGGGGGGAGCCGCCAGCAUUAGCAGCAACAGCAGCAGUCCUCGCUUGCCCUCCCUGCCUGAUCACCGCACUCCAUCGCCUGCCCCUGCUUCCAGUUCCCCUAAACCAGAGGUCAGCUGGCCCAGCCGAAGGUCGCUUUUCUCCAAGAAAGCCGGCAGGUCAAAAGAGAAGGUGAAGUCGGACUAUCUCGACAAAGCCGGGGAGCUCAUUCGUGUGGCCACACAGAAAGAGAAAGAUCAGGACUAUCAGGCGGCGUUUUCCUUCUUCCGCAGUGGAGUGGACCUUCUGCUGCAAGGUGUUCAAGGUGAAUCUAGUCCCAAGCGGCGAGAGGCAGUGAAGAAGAAGACUGCUGAGUACCUGAUGCGUGCAGAGCAAAUAUCCUGCCAGCAUCUUCGCAGCAACAUGGGUCAAGGGUCAACACAAACAGUGAUGAUAGGCGUGCAGUGUUGCGCUUCCACCAGCAGAGGGAGCCAGCACGGUCCCGCUGAGGAUCUCAGCGUUUACAGGGUGUUGGGUGUCAUCGAUAAGGUCCUUUUGGUCAUGGACAAGAGAACACAGGAGACGUUUGUCGUCAAAGGUUUAAGGAAAAGCAGUGACUGUGCCAGAAUGAAGAAGACCAUCAUGCCCCGCUCCGUACCUCACAUGGUGCAGCUCAUGAAGCUCAUCGACUCGGAAGACACCAUCUUCCUUUUGCUGCAGCACGCUGAGGGUGGAAAACUGUGGUCCCACAUAGGAAAAUACCUGCGGAAUUCCAGUCCAGAAGAGAGCUUAGACAUUCCUUUCAUCCAGAAGAGACACACCGCAGCUGUAUACUCCCCACAAUACCCUGUGCUACACCUGGGCGUGGAUUCAGCAGCUAGUUCCGGCUCAGGGCCUGUGUCCGGUUCUGAUUCUGCUGCAGGGCUUCAAAACAACGCCAAGGAUGUCGCUGCAUCUCCUUGGAAGAGCAAGCUCUCCGCAAGGCUUAGCAAAAAAGUGGUGGCCCAAUCGGACUCAGGGGCCACUUCUGAGGAGGAGUGCACCAAUAGUUAUUUAACACUUUGUAAUGAGUACGAGCAGGAGAAAGUAGAGCCGGAUGAGCUGGAGGAGGAGGAAGCGAAAAGCGACCAGGAGGUGUCAUUGGAUGUACCCACCGGGACGGCCACCGCUUCCUCGCGAAGCCAUUCGCUCCUCAGCAACGACAGCCUGUCAUCUCCCGUCAGCUGUCAGGAGUUUGGCUUUUUCACAGACUCGUCUGAUAAAAACGGCCAGCGGCAUGACAGCAACGGACAGGACCUCGGUGAGGUCUACAACGCACCGCCAUCCCCGGCAGGGCUACAUUCUCUUGAUCAGUCCAAGCACACGCCGAUGGAGUUUUUCCGUAUCGACAGCAAAGACAGCGCCAGUGAGGUGACCUGCCUCGACUGGGGGGAGCAGGCCUCCUCCCAUAAACAGCCCCGUCUCUUUUUCACGUCCGACCUCGGCUCUGAGGUUGUGGAGGACCUUCCGGAGCUGGCUCAGGAGGUCAAGGGCCACAGUGCACAUCUUUGGGGGUUAGAUUAUAGCGAUAAAGGUUCCAAUGAGUCAGUGCCUGUCAUUUCUUUUAAAGAGGCGGUAGUGGAGGACGAGGGUCACCCGCCAGACCUUUUGGUCAAUCUUCCCGGAAUGAGCGGGGUCGUAGCGGACUCUCAACAAGAGGAAUUAGAAACCCCUAUGCUGUGUCUGGACCUUGAGGCCACAACCUCGCCUCAAAGGUCGAUCCAGCCCGAUGUUUUACAGCGCCCUAGCCAGACGGAGGAAGAGGAGGAGCAGCGACCUUCAUCUUUGUGUGCAACUGAUGCAUCUUCAUCUGCCUUGACCUCCCUCUGGGAUGACUACAGCUCCACUUUUGGACAAAAAGACACAGACACAGUGGAGGUUGAACCUUCAUGCCAUAAUAAUGACCCCUUUCUUGAUGCAGACUCGCUUAGUGGACAAUGUCCAGCAGCCCCAACUGAAUCUCAGGCCUGUGCUCCAGUCGAGCAAUCACUAGAUGUUCAUGUUGAAUCAUCAGCAAGUAGUCCAAACAGAGUGAGUGAAGGGUUCGAUGAAGAUGUGUCGCGGCUGUUUGCUGAGCUGGACCAGUUGUCACUGGCCGCAUCCCAGGCUCGCAUCCCGGAGGCGUUCGUCCGAUGCUGGGCGGUGGAGAUGGUGACAGCGCUGGAUUCUCUGCACCAAGUAGGGAUCAUCUGUAGAGACCUAAACCCCAACAACAUCCUGCUGGAUCACCAAGGUCAUGUUCAGCUUACUUACUUCUGCAGCUGGAGUGAUGUGGAGGAGUCCUGUGACAAAGAAGCCUGCACUAAUAUGUACGCCGCACCAGAGGUGGGAGGCAUCAGUGAGGAGACGGCCGCGUGCGAUUGGUGGAGUUUGGGCGCCAUCCUGUUUGAGCUUCUGACAGGCACGUCGCUGCUCCAAUGCCAUCCAGCAGGAAUCGGACGGCACACGGCUCUCAGCAUCCCUGAAUCGGUGUCGGAGGAGGCCAGAUCUCUACUGGAACAGUUGCUGCAGUACAACCCCACAGAAAGGCUGGGCGCAGGAGUGGCCGGUGUGGACGACAUCAAAUCGCACCCCUUCUUUGCCAAAGUGGACUGGCCCGAUUUGACGCUGCUACCAGUGACGCAGUCUGGGAAAGCUGGCGGUCACAGUCAUGUAACUUCAGGUAGAAACUGAGGGAAUCCACUUUUUUUGCCAAACUGCAGUGUUAUACCUUGACCUUGUAAAUGUUCCUCAGAGGGUUUGCUGUGUCACUUCCUUGGUGCAGGGAGCACUUAUGUAUAGUGCAAUCAUUUCUACAGUAAAUGCUUGACUGGUGAUCCACUCCAUCCUUGUUAGUUUUAUACUCCUCAUAGAGUUGCUGUAAGCAGCAAUGCCACAAGAUGAAGAGGCCAUGUGGGACGACACGUCCAGUAUGCAUCAUUUAGUCCUGAAACACUAUCAUUUCUUAAGAGGUUGGCUGGAGACUCUGCCAGCCGCACCCAUAGAGAUUAAACAACUAGACAGGAUGAUGCCCUACUCUAAAUAUUUUUAAAUACUCACUGCUAUUUUACUGCCCACUAUCAGGGGUUCACUAUGCAAAAUGUGAGAUCAAGCAGUAUGGGUUGAAUAUACAGUACACUCCUGAUCAAAGUUUUAAGACCGGAAAAGUUUACAUUUUGCACUGUUGGAUCUUCAGAAGGUUCUGGGCUUCAAAAUACGUAAGCUAUUUAUUGCAAACAAACAUUAAAGUGACACGGGAUGUUCAUCCCUUUAGAAGCCAAAAUCAUCAUGCUCUUUUGUCGGGUUGUGGACCGCAAGUGGUAGAUCCACCAAGACAUUUGACCAUCCUCGACCCAAAUCAAGGUUCUAACUGGUGUCCAGUACAGUCCAAUGAUCAUCAGACUGCAUUUGUGAUAGAGUUUUAAGAAACAAAAACGUCUGUGAUCAACACCACAAAAUUGCCUGUUUGAAAUUUGCAUGAAAUCACCAAACAUGGGACAUUGAGAGGUGGAAGAAAGUAAUUGAUGGUCCUGAUGGCUUCCAAUGUGACUAGCAUGACAAUGAGAUCCCACCUGAGGUCCCAUCGUGAUCUGGGCUGCUUUUUCCUUCAGCUGAAGAGUGGAGCUUCAUGUUGUGCAGGGGCGUCAAACGGCAGCCGGCAUUGUGUGGUAAUGACAGGUUUGUUCACAAUGGCCGCACUUUCGGACAAUCCCUGAUCUAAAUGCAACUGAGAAUAUUUGGGGGUGGACGACAAGGGAAGUUUACAAAAAUUUCAUUUCCAGGUAGUGGAUCCCAUCUGCAAAGCCUGGAGCAACAUUCCCACGAGCCUCCUGCCAAUUCUUGCCAUAGCUCUCUUAAGCACCUCCUUUAGAUCCAACAGUACAAAAUGUAAAUUCUUAAUUGGCAUUUGUCUAAUAAUGAACAAAGACGCCAUUUUUUGGAAACCGGCUCUUUUUUUUUUUAUAAGAAACUGCACUUUUCGUGAUGUGAAUAUCAGUUUGAUUCCAUGAAACACACUUAUCAUCCAUUCAUUUUUAAUGACCGAACAUUCCUGUGGUGUCAUGUGCAGAUGCACUUUAUUUACAUGUUUACCUAUAACACUUACUGUACUUCUUCCUAUAGCAGUACCAACAAUAAACACAACUGAUGGACGUGUCAAA